AAGUGCCUCACACUUUCUUAUCGCGUACACUGCCGACUGGGGCCUCCUUGCCUGAGAGGCGUAUAUAUGAAGGCGCCGGUCUGUUCUCCCACCAACUCGAUAGAAGUGACUUCCUGUGAUCUGCUGAGCGCACCGCACUGACCAUGGCUGCCAACUACGACGUGACCAAGUACCAGCUGUGCUGUGAAUGGGUGAAGUGCUUCCAGAACCGGCUGCCCUACCACGCUCUGAGCGCGGGAGAGUUGAACGGCCAUAAAGUGUACGUCGCGCGGGCGGUGCACGAAGGCGAGACGCUGAUCGGCUGGGCGCAGCCCGACGUCGCUUGCUGCUACGUCAGCUGGGCCGGCGAGGCGCACGCGCACGAGGAGUACCAGUGCUUGGCGACGGAGAACCCGGAAAAAUUGGACUGGGUGCCAGCCAGCGAAGGAGAUGUGCCUAACGGCGCCGUGCAAGGCGGCAGCACAUCCGACGGCGAGCAGUUGUUCGUCGGUCGCGUACAGAGCGGCGACGACGUUUUCGUUGGAAAGGUGCAGCCCAGCCACAAGGUCCUCUACGUGGCGCACGAUGGUCAGGAGCUGAAAUUCGACCAGUACGAGGUCCUCGUCUGCAAGAAGCUCGAGUUGUGCUAGUUCGCUACCUCUGAGCUCCAGCACAGUAAGCAAGGGAACAAGCUCCGAAAGUUAUACUUCCUACCCAGAAUAUUAAUAAAGUGUCGAGCAGACUUCGCGAGGC